UUUUUUUUUUUAUUACUAUUGUCCCAUGUAUACUCAUAUAACCACACGGUCUACUUGUAGAUCUAUUCGACCUUCUAAUAAUCUUAUUCAACUUUAUAUUCGAGCUAUUGAUUUACGACAAAGACAACCACGUACUGUUGGUAUUCAUACUACUUCUAUCACUUCUCGUUCUUUUCGUACUGCCUUACCAAAUGAAUUACGUAUCUUAAGAGCAGAAAAACCAAAGGAUAUUCCCAAAUCAACUGAUGAAAAGGAUACUUUAGCUUCUCGUGCUGUCUCUCUUGCCAAAGAACGUCUCAAAGAACAACAAACCUCUGGUACUUCUGCUGCUACUGUGUCAAAACCUAAGAAAACAAUAUGGCAAAAAGUCAAGGAAGAAGCUGUACAUUAUUGGCAUGGAACAAAACUUUUAGGUUUAGAAAUUCGAAUUUCUUCAAAACUCACUUGGAAACUUUUGAAUGGUGGUCAUUUAACUCGUAGAGAAGCUCGUCAGCUUCGACGUACAACUUCGGAUCUUUUACGAUUAAUUCCUUUUGCUGUGUUUAUCAUUGUUCCUUUCAUGGAAUUGUUGUUACCUGUAGCUUUGAAACUAUUUCCCAAUAUGUUACCUAGUACAUUUGAAAACAAGUCUCUCGAAGAAGAAAAGAAACGAAAACUACUCAAGGUACGAUUGGAAAUGGCUAGAUUUUUACAAGAAACUAUCUCUGAAACUGGUUUUGCUGGAUCUGACAAUGAAGAAUCUGCCAAAGAGUUUGCCGACUUUUUCAGAAAAAUUCGUAUUACUGGCGAACAAGCCUCUACUGAAGAUUUAUUAAAUGUUGCCCGUCGUUUUGAAGAUGAAUUAACUUUGGACAAUUUAUCUCGUCCUCAACUUGUAUCCAUGUGCCGUUAUAUGAAUAUCAAUGCCUUUGGUACAGACAACUUUUUACGUUUCCAAAUUCGUAAUCGUAUGCGUCAAAUCAAGGCUGAUGACAAGGUUAUUCAAGCUGAAGGUAUUGAAUCAUUGACUAUACAAGAAUUGCAAGCUGCUUGUGCUGCACGUGGUUUCCGCUCUAUUGGUAUUUCCCCUGGUCGUUUACAGGAUGAAUUGGAACAAUGGGUAGAUCUUCAUUUGAAUCAUCAUGUCCCUUCUACACUCUUGGUAUUAUCUAGAGCAUUCAGUUUCACUGACCGUCCCAUGACCACUGAAGAAGCUCUCAAGGCUACUUUUAAUAGUUUACCUGAUAAUUUGGUCAACGAAGCAGAACUUCAAGUACUUGAAAUGGUGGGCACCAGUACUUAUAAACAAAAAUUGGAUGUAUUAGAACAACAACAAGAAUUAAUUGAAGAUGAAUCUGAACAAGAAGAAAAGGAAGCCAAGGCUAGAGCAGAUGCUAAAGAAGCAGCAGAAGAAGCGGAAAGAAAACGUCAAGAAGAAGAAGAAAUCAUCAGAAAGCAACAAGCCGAAGCAGAUAAACGGGAUACCUUUAUUACUGAAGAAGAAACAGAAGAAGAAAAGAAAGAAGAAGCAUUAUCAAAGGAACAACAAGAUGAAUUACAUGAAGCUCUUGCCAAGUUACGUACUAAAGUGGAUGUUUUGGAAGAACGGGCACAAUUGAAUGAAAUCAAGAUUCAACAUGAAGAUUACAAAGAGUUGAUUGAAGAAUUAAAGGAAGCUACUCACAAGGAUGCUGAUAAGACAACUGCUCGACUUGGUAAACGACUUGAAAAGAUGUUGACUCAAAUUGACAAGGAUAUUGAUGCUAUGGAAAAGGAACAUAAAGAAAAAGAACAAAAAUCCGAGGAUCAAGGUACAAAUCAUGUAGACAAAUAGAUUUAGUUUCGACAAAAUAGAUAUAAUAUAGGCAAGUUUUUUCUCAAUAAAGUUGGUCAUUUACAACUCAGCAGAA